AUGUUGAGUGCUUCAUGUGUUCUGUGGGAUGCUGAAUAUUCCUUAUAUUUCUAUGUCUUCAUCUUCAUCAUUGUCCUUAUUAUCUGGCAAGUGAAAAGGAGUUACUAUGGAUUGAGCUUGGAACCUAAAAGGAGCUGCUGUUGGCGUCACCGAAAAGUCAGGCAAAGGGCCAGAGAUGCAGCAUCAAGAGCUAGGAGACUUUUCCAGGAAGAAGCUGAGAAGCCAUGGAAGCUGCUCUCUGUCAUGAAAAGCCAGGCCUGGCUUCCUCAGGAGGAAAGAGUGCGGCAGCUCCUGUGUGCAGAUCCCUGCUGCCAAAUCUGCAGUGCCAUGGCUCUGGAGAUUCAGCAGCUGCUGGACAGUGGUGAGAGCAACCAAGUUUCCUCCACUUUAUUGGAGCCAUCGCAGGGCUCUUCUUGCCUAGAGAUGUUGUCAAGUGUGUCUUUAGAGCAGAAUCUGGAGCUUCGUUCUAGAUGCUACAGAGAUAUUUCACUGGCAUCUAUAAUCCCAACCCAGACACAAGUAACAGAGCACUUAGACCAUUCACCCAAUGCAGUCAGCAUCCAGGAAUACUGGACUGAUCACCUCCAGACAGGGCAGGAAUUUCAACUUCCAGACACGCCCAUGGACCCAGUGACUAUGACUUCUUCAAGGCUUGAGGAGACUAUGGUUCUAGUGAAUGAGCAGGAGAUGAUGCAGAACAACCUCAACUCUGUCCAGAGGAACCAGAACCAUCUGUCCUUAAAUUCUCAGGUCUCUUUUCUGUCCCAGAAUCCUGAGAACACUAACUUUGUACAACCUAUAGCCUUGCAUAUGGUCCCCACUGCCCACCUGCCAUUUCUUAGUCCAGAAGUCCACAGGCAUUUAGAGCUACAUGUUAAAAAAUGGACGCAUUUCCAGAGGUGGGGACUCCCCAGACGCGUAGAAGAUUCCCUAAGAGAAUUUAUGCCAUAUCCACCAAUGUACUGUCAGCCUGAAAAUAACCAACCAGUUUCUUUUAUUCUGAAUAAUACUUCUCAUGUCUGCGUUCAUACAUUAGGGACUAUUCCCCACCAGGCCUGGUGUUCAUACAUGGCUGGCCAACCCACGCAGACGUUUUGGGUUUCUGAGUGGUCUAUUACGGACCCAGAACAAAGACAUCAUUGCCAACAAAUCCCAAACACAAUGGCCAUUCACUUGAACUCUCCUGCUCUUAAAAUCCUAAAUAGUCUUUGUCCACUGCCUGGAGAACAAGCUAAUGACCCAGGGAGCAAUCUGCAGCAGGAAUACCAACAGCUAUUCUGUGGCCUUCCUUCUCUGCACAGUGAGUCCCUGGUGGCCACUCUCUUGGGCUCUCAAGGCCCCUCCGAGAACACGUCUAAGCCCCCCUUGAAGGACGGUCUCUGCAAAGAGCUCGCCUUCCUCCCCUUGCUGAGACAGCCGUGCAAUGACUCAGUCCCACCAAAUUCUCCAUCUUUCCCAAGUGGGGAGACUCCAUCUGAGCAUCAAGGAGCUCAGAUCACUGUCCCACUUCUGACUCUGGCUGAGUGUGAAGCCUUGGAAUGGCACCUGCUGCAGAGGCAGCUCCAGCUUCAAUGGGGCCUACCAGCCAUCUUCCAGAGAUCUCGGCAUGCCCAGAUCCCCAUUCACUGUGACCCUGGUAACAAAGCCCAGUCUCCCAAGACUGACAAAACUUCCUGGCCAGGGAAGCCCUUCUCAGUCCUCACCAGAGAGCUCUUCUUCUUCCUGGAGCAUGCCCGCAGGCUGCUGGAAUUCCACCUCCAGAAGCACUUGAUUCAUCUUCGUUGGGGCCUGCCCCAGAAGAUUCAACAGUCCUUCCAGUUGCUCCUUUCCUCCCCUGACCAGCAGCCCCUGUCCUGGAGCAGCACAGCUCUACCGAGCAUGAGCAUUGCUGAGCCUGGGGCCCUGGAGGCCAAUGGGGAUGGUUACCUCUCCUCACCUAUGGUGACCCAAGUGUCGAUUCCCAUGCCACACUUGUUUGUCCAGGUCCAGGCAAUGUUACAGAGCCACAUUGACACCAAAUGUGAACAGAUCCUCCAGGGUAAGAUCCCUGACCGUGUAUAUAGCUCCUGGGAAUGGAGAAUUCCUGGGGGCCUGGCAGUGGCUCCCCCCUCCUGCAUUCCACAAGGCCAGCAUCUGGAGCUACAAGCAGCAAAUGACCCUGGCCCACAUCACAAAGUUUUGCCCUGUGUGCCCAUGGCCCUUGAGCAGCAGCACCUGGCCUCAGCAGGUGAUGUCAUUGAACACCAUAAGCUGCCCCAAGCCCUGUCUAAGGAAAUCAUUGAGAAACUGGAGACAACUUUACAGCACAAGUAUUUGGUCUUCCUGUCAGGCCUGCCUGCACUCUACUGUGUGGCUCUCUCUAGGGCCAUGUCCCCAGCCACCACUAGCCAAUCUGUAAUGACAGAUAAGGUGCCUGAGUCUAUUGAAAUCCCACAGCAGACUCUGACCCAGAUGAGUUCACUUGAAGACCCCUGUAAGAGGCUUGAGCCAUGCUCUCAAGAUGACAAUGAGACUUGUGAAGACACUACAGAAAAGUUCCAGCAUGAAGUGCAAGUGGAAGAAAUGACUGAGAUGGCGCCUCCAGAAAGCCAGACAUGUCCUGGCAGCCCCUACUCACUCAAGACAUAUAUCAUGGCUAAAUUAAAUUUCCACCUGAGAAAAAAAGUCCUAGAGAUACAAUUGGGGAUUCCAGAAUGGGCAAAGGAGUCCCAGGACCCAACUGCAGCAGCCGCAGAGAACAAGUCCACACAGACUCUUGAGAAUCUAAACAACCAAGGAAGAACAGUGCUCCAGGAACUGCCCAUCCCACCAGACCCUCCUCCUGCCCCAGAUUCUGAGUGGCUCAACCCUAAAGAAAAGCUGGCCAUUGAGUUGAAGGCAGUGCAGCACAACCAAAAACAACCAAGUUCUAAAACAGUGCCCCUUGAUGACCACUGGGCCUCCAAAAUCUCACCACCCAGUGGGGACAUGAGUGAGACCCAGGUGCUUUGUGUUCAGAUCCAGGCCAGUAUGAAAAACUCCAGCCUGGAGGAACCCUGGGGCCCUGAGCCCAAAAGCCCUGGCAAGAACAAAGUCACAACCCAUGGCCCCAUACUGACAGAAAAGAGAGAGGACCCAGGGAAACCCAAGGCAGCAGGGGAUCUCGGAGGAGGGGAUGCAGGCCUUGGGCUGUCCUCAACCAGUGAAAAUAGACAGCAUGCUGAAGAUCAGAGGCCAGAAGUUAUGUUUCUGAGUAAGACACCCCAAGACUCCUGGCGAUGGAGACAUAGAUUUCAUCCUACAGAUUCCUGUCAACACAGUUCCCAGCAUGGUCGUCAGCCUCAGCUUCCAGAGCCACCUGCAGGAGUCCCCAGGAGAAAAGAAACUGAUCGUGACAGGCAAGACAGUCAAACUAAGCUAAAAGGCAUCCUCUCAUCUGAAAGGAGUCCCAAGCAUACUCAGUCUGUGGUACGCUGGGCUUCCCAUGGCCAGCCUGUCCUGCGCCAACCAAUUCAGGGUAAGCCUUUGCAGGGACAAACUUUGCAAGGUCAAGUUUUGCAGGGGCAGGUGAUGCCAGCCCUUGCUCCCAAGAGACCCAGUCUUCCAGAGUCUGGCCUGAGAAAUAAGAUGAAAUCCUUUUUGAGCCGCAUUAACCCCGAGAUGAAAGGCAAAGGGCAAGUGGAAUCCAUGCCCUCUACAGCUGGCAAAGAGGCCAAACCCAGAAAAGAAACUGCUGAAAAGAGUGUGGCUCCAGUCAAAAGCCCCAUGAAGAGAACUAAGCCAGAGAAGCCAAUAGGGCACCCCAAGGUCCGGUCUGCCCCCAGUGAGAAGCCAGCUGGUUCUCAUUCCCCAGACAAUAAGUUCGGGCUACGCUCCCGACAAGGAUCUGCCCCAGUUCAGGUCCACCCCAGCCACUGCCCUCGGCACUGUCCUCGAAUGGCUUUGCCACCCAACCAGGGAACUCAGCCUAUCUCCCAACCCUCACCUCCGAAACAUCAUCCUGCUCAAGGAUUACACUCAGGGCAAUGA